UGUUGAAUUCGCCGUGGUGUCGUGUCGUGUCAACUAUUAUUUUAUAUCUCUUAAUAUGAGUAUCUUAUUUAAUUCUGCAGUUUGCAUUCCUGCACUUGAAAGUGAGUAUCGCCCCUUCAUCCGCAGCAUGUCUGCCACAGGUUUAACGUCACAAGCGCAGCUGCAGUACAUACUGCAGUGGUUCCAGGAGUUCAGUGAAUACCAGCGUGAAGACUUUCUACCCGUCUUAGCUGCAGCAUGCAGUGAUAAACCAGAUCAACUUGCAGACACUCUUUCCAAUCUCUCCUGCCAAGAUAAACCUGUCAGCUUGUUUCAGUGCCGUAUAAAAUUGUUCAACGAAUGGUAUCCAACAUGGACUGAAGAGGAAAGAGAGAGGCUUGUUAAUAAGAUAUCCGAAAUUGAUGCAGAAUUUAGUAUGAAGCUACAGGAAGCAGUAUUGAAAGGUGUCCAAGUUAAUGGAAAAGAUGAUGUAGGGGAACAGACUGUGGAGAGUUCAACAGAGAAGGAAGAAAAGAAAGGAGUCGAAGAAUCGGUUGAAGAAGAAAACAAAGAGUUCCCUUCCCCGACUCAGGAUACCAUAUCUAUUGAAAUAACAGCAGCUUCUUAAGUUUGUAUUUGAAUUUUUAUACAUUAUUAUUUAUUUGAAAUAUAUUGGAUACUUCUAGAUUUUAAGUGAAUUUCCAAAAAUAUUUUCUUUUCUCGCUAAUUUGAGUAUAACAGAGUAAGUAUUUAAAAUUCGUUCUUUUAAUUCGGAUCAUUGUCAUAAUUUUUAAAUUUCAUAUUGGAUUUUUAAAUAAUUUUGUGGAUUCAUCCAAAGCUGUCUUAUUCUGUAAGUACCUAAUUAAUUUUAGUUCGGGACAUGUACCUGAAAUAAGAUAUUUUUAUGUGCAUUGUUGAUUUUUACUAAAAUA